AUGGGUAAACUCAUUCGUCUUGAGCUAUUUAAUUUCAAGUCCUAUAAGGGCCAUCAUACCCUUCUCUUUGGCGACUCGUAUUUUACCUCCAUUAUCGGCCCAAAUGGAUCAGGCAAAUCCAAUUCUAUGGAUGCCAUCUCCUUCGUCUUGGGUAUCAAGUCGUCGCAUCUACGUUCUGCCCACCUGAAAGAUUUAGUAUACCGCGGUCGAGUUCUUAAGACGUCCAAGAUCAAUGACGAUGGUUCGGCUGCCGAGCCGACUACGAAUGGACAUACAAAUGGACACGUUAACGGCGACGACAACGAUAAACCGAAUCGUAGUGACCCCAAAACCGCUUGGGUUAUGGCUGUAUACGAGGAUGAUGCUGGCGACGAGCAGCGAUGGAAGCGCAGCAUUACGAAUCAGGGUUCGAGCGAAUAUCGUAUCAACGACCGUGUCGUCACAGCCCAGCAAUAUAACGAGGCCCUCGAAGCUGAGAAUAUUCUUAUCAAGGCCCGGAACUUCCUCGUCUUCCAGGGAGAUGUUGAAGCUAUCGCGGCUCAGUCUCCACAGGAUUUAACUCGUCUAAUUGAGCAAAUUUCGGGCAGUUUGGAAUAUAAGCCCGAAUACGAGAAACUCCAAAGCGAAGCAGAUCAGGCCGCCGAGAAUUCUAACUUUCAACUCCAAAGACGGCGUGGUAUUAAUUCCGAAAUUAAGCAAUACCAAGAGCAAAAACGCGAGGCCGAGAAUUUUGAGAAGAAGACGGAAGAGCGCGAUGCGGCCAUCGUUACCCACAUCCUCUGGAAACUAUACCAUUUUCAGCAGGUUAUGGAUGAUUCCAGUGCUAAGAUCCAGGAUCAUCAGGAAAAUCUUAAGGAGUUCCGGCGCAAUGUCGAAUCAUUUGAGAGGAAGCUUGAAGCUGCUCGCAAGGAGCAGGCUGAUGCAGCAAAGGAGGUCCAUAGGGUAGAGCGACAAAUCAAGCGGCAGGAAAAGGAGAUUGAGGAGAAAGAAAAUAGUCUCGUCCCUAUAGAGGAAAAAGUGCAGCAGACAAGUUCUCAGGCCGAAACAAUCCGAACCAGGAUCGAGGGCGUCAGAAAAGAACGUGAUGAGCAGCGCAAAUUGAUCGCCAAGAUCGAGAAGGACUUGGCCACAGUUCAAAAAGCACAGAAGCAGUUCGAGGACCAGUGGAAAGAGACGAUGAAGAAGCAAGGAAAGGAGCUAAGCGAUGCCGACCGAAAGGAAUACAACACUCUUCGGGCGCAAGCUUUAAAUAAGUCUUCGGAGAAUCAAGCUAAGUUGGAAAACCUCAAUCGACAGCUAAAAACCGAUGAAGUCACCGUAAAUAGUCUGAAGGGCAAGGUUGACGGCUAUCAAGCUGCCGUAGAAAAACUAGAGACCGAGUUAGCAGCUAUCCAGGAGCGAAAACGCACCACUGAAGCUACUGUAAAGCAGCUCUCGAGCGAGAUGGAUGCCAAGAAGAAGGAAUUCAAUCAAAUCCAGUCAGAAAGGGUUAGGACUAACCAGAGACGAACUGAACUCGACGAGAAGCUUCAAGACGUCUUACGGAAAUUAUUAGAAGCAGACGAUGGGAGGCGUCAAAAUGACAAGGAGGCGCGAAUAAAAGAGAUGGUCACUUCUCUAAAGCGUAUCUACCCAGGUGUCAAGGGCAGAGUUGGCGAGCUAUGCAAACCGAAACAAAAGAAGUUCGAUGAAGCCGUCAUCACUGCACUCGGGCGCGAUUUUGACUCUAUUAUUGUCGACAGUGAGAAAACCGGUGUCGAGUGUGUGCAGUAUUUGAAAGACCAGCGUUUCCCGCCAAUGACUUUUAUCCCAUUAGACAAUAUCAAGGUUAACGCGGUGAAUACCGCUGUCAAAGGCAUUUCCGGUGCUCGCUUGACGAUCGAUGCCAUCGAUUUUGACUCGUCUCUCGAGCGUGCCAUGUCCUACGCUUGCGGCGGCUCAAUUGUCUGCGAUACACUGGAUAUUGCGAAGCAGGUUUGCUACGACCGCAGGAUUCAAGUCAAGGCCGUAACCUUGGAAGGCUUCGUUAUUCACAAGGCGGGCUUGAUGACUGGUGGACGAGUCCAGGAAAAUAAGGGAAACAAACGCCGCUUCGAGGAACACGACGUUCAAAAUCUACAGAAGAUGGCGGAUAAAUUCCGUGAUGAAAUCGAGAAGAUACCUAGGGCCGAUCGACGUGGCGUAGCAGAGGAGUCAUUACAGAACGAGCUCGCCGGGCUUGAUCAACGGUUAGCAUUUGCUAACAGUGAACUAGCUGCUUUCAACCAGAAUCUCACUAGCAAGAAAAAGGAGUUGGAACAUGUCAAGCGCCAACUUAAGGAGUGGCAGCCCAAGUUCAAAGAUGAAGACAGCAAUUUACAGAAAACUCGAGCGUCGGUCGAGAAGUUCAAGUCUGCGAUCGCCGAGGUGGAAGAUAAGAUCUUCGCCGACUUCUGCAAACGACUCGGAUAUUCUGACAUACGAGCCUACGAAGCACAACAAGGUAGUCUUGAACAAGAGGCCGAUGAGAAGCGCACACAGUUUGACCUCCAAAGAUCAAGACUAGAAAGUAAUAAGAGCUGGGAGACAUCAAGAUAUAAGGAUACCGAGAACAGACUUCAUAACCUUGAGGUCCGCCUUAAGCAGUUGUCCGAAGAUAUCAAAUCCUAUCGAGCGGAGAAGAAGGCGAUCGAGGAGGCAAUGAGCAACGACCAGGAUAACCUCGAAGCUUUACAGGAGCAGCUGGAUGAAUACAAAGCUGAACUUACCAAGCGCACCGAGAAAGUCAACGCAGCUAAGGCGGAGGUGCAAAAGAGAAGUAAGGAUAUCGAAAGUAGACAAAAAGCAAUCAGUGCUCUAGAGACGGAGGUUCAGAAGAACAGUGCUGGGAAGUUUGCUCUAUUAAGACGAUGUCGACUAGAGCAGAUCAAUGUCCCCUUAAUUUCAGGAUCACUUGACAAUCUUCCAAACGAAGACAACCUCUUACACCAAGACCCAGACGCUAUGGAUGUGGAUGACGGUGACGACGCCGAGAUGAUGGAUAACGCUAUGGAUGAUCACGGUAUCGAAGUUGACUUCGACCAGUUGGAUGAUGAUCUGAAGAAUCCUGACGAUGAGGGCAUAGAGGAGAAGCUACAAGAGAAGAUAUCAUCUCUCACCGCAGAGCUGGAAAAGCUAAACCCCAACAUGCGAGCAAUAGAACGCCUAGAAGUUGUUGAAGCGCGGCUCAAGGCUACAGAAAGGGAUUACAACGAAUCAAAAGCGGCGUUUGAAGCUGCAAAGGAUGCCUUCGACGAGAUCAAAACUAAACGCUUCGAGUUGUUCAACAAGGCGUUCGUACACAUCCGGGAGCAGAUCGAGCACGUCUACAAGGACCUAACGCGGUCGGACCAGUACCCUCUUGGUGGACAGGCUUAUCUAGAUAUCGAAGAAGACACGGACCGGCCGUAUCUGUCGGGCAUCAAGUACCACGCGAUGCCGCCGCUGAAGCGCUUCCGCGAUAUGGAGCACCUGUCCGGUGGCGAGAAGACCAUGGCUGCUCUCGCCCUGCUCUUUGCUAUCCAUUCAUACCAGCCCUCUCCUUUCUUCGUCCUUGACGAAGUCGAUGCUGCCCUCGACAACGCCAACGUCGACAAGAUCAAGAACUACAUCCGCGAGCACGCUGGCCCUGGAAUGCAGUUCAUCGUUAUUAGUCUCAAGACGGGUCUCUUCCAAGAUAGCGAGAGUCUGGUUGGUGUAUAUAGGGAUCAAGAGGUGAAUAGCUCGAGAACGCUGACCUUAGAUCUACGUAAGUACGUAUAA